CACACACACCAUGGGUAGUGCUCGCCGCGGCGCCUGGGCCUGGCAGUGCGGCCUCUCGUCGGCGUCGGGGCCGCGGCGCCUCGUCGCCACCUGCUGCCUCCUGCUUAUCCAGCUCGUGGCGCCGCCGGUCUCAUGCUCGGCGUCGUCGGUGAUCACCCGCCUCCCGGGCUUCCAUGGCCGCCUGCCGUUCUACCUCGAGACUGGGUAUGUUGGCGUGGAGGAGGAGACUGGCGUUGAGCUCUUCUACUAUUUCGUGGAAUCCGAGAGAAGCCCUGACGUGGACCCCCUGAUACUGUGGCUGUCAGGUGGGCCUCGCUGUUCAGGUUUCUGCGGCCUCGCCUAUGAAGUAGGACCAAUCAAUUUUGUGGUGGAGACAUAUAAUGGCAGUUUACCGCAAUUGGUUUAUAAUCCGUACGCAUGGACACAGAUGGCAAGCAUCCUCUUCUUGGACACUCCGGUUGGUUCUGGUUUCUCGUAUGCACGCGAUAUCAAAGGUUACGAUGUUGGAGAUAUAUCAUCUUCUUUGCAAGUUGUCACAUUUCUUAAAAAGUGGUUGAAUGAUCACCCACGCUACCGCUCACAUAAUUUCUAUGUCGGGGGAUCCUCUUAUGCUGGAAAGGUGAUUCCAAUUAUCAUGCAAUACAUUUCAGAAGAAAUUGAACAAAGGCAGCGACCAUUGAUUAGUCUUAAGUUACAGGGAUAUAUAGUUGGCAACCCCGUUACAGGCUCGAAGUUUGAUGGUAAUUUCAGACCUAAAUAUUCUCAUGGCCUUGGAAUCAUAUCUGAUCAAUUAUAUGAGGCUGCGAUAAGGAACUGCAAAGGAGAUUAUGUGGAUCCAAAGGAUGAACUAUGUGCUAAUGUCCUAAAUGUUAUUAAUAAUCUCAUGUCUGAAGUUGACUUUGGAAAUGUCUUGGAGGAUAGAUGUGUUUAUAACACACCGAAACCAUCAAAUGGUGACUCAGGAAGAAGGAUUCUGGUGGAAGAUCACAUCCGGCUAAGUGAGCCAGCUGAUCGGCCAACCAUAAACUGUUGGAUCCGUUUUCGAUGCAUUCUACUAGCGACAUACCGUUUCUACCUAUCGUACAUAUGGAUGAACAACAACACGACCAGAGAUGCUCUUAAGAUCAGGAAGGGAACAAUCGGAGAGUGGUUAAGAUGCAACAAAAAAGCAUUCCCCUAUACUAUGGACGUUCCCAGCAGCUUAGAGUAUUUUCUUAAUCUCACCACAAGAGGUUAUCGGUUGCUUGUGAUAAGCGGUGACCAUGAUCUCGAGAUUCCAUUUCUGAGCACCCAGGCAUGGAUUAGAUCUUUUAACUUGCCCAUAGUUGAUGACUGGAGGGCAUGGCAUGUGGAUGGCCAAGCAGCAGGAUUUACAAUUACUUACGCCAGCAACCUGACCUUUGCUACAGUAAAGGGUGGUGGCCAUACAGCGAUAGCAAACAAGCCUAGACAAGCUCUUGCCAUGGGCCAACGGUGGCUGGACAACAGUCCUCUCUGAUGUUUGGUUGUGCAGGCAAUAAUUAACCUUCUGUCACUCUUACAUUUGGUUAUAACAGAUUUGUCACUGAAUCUAUAUGUCAUAUAUAUAUGAGGAUUCACGUGUCAUAGACAGCGGGUGACAAAUCUGUUAUCGUAAGAGUGGCAAAAAAUUAAAUGCUCCAGAACUUUCUAGCUCAGCGAAUACAUUGUUUUUCAUUUUCCCUUGAACAUGGCAAGAAACAUCGCUCGUUCCAAUAAUAUGCUAUAUUUUUCUCUCCACGAGAUAUAAAUACAUGCAUGUU